CAGUCGCCCUAACGCUUAGCCAUUAAGCUUUGCCCCGGUUUCUGCUCUCUCCCUAAAGCCCUAGCAACCCCCGUACCCGCUCGAAUCCGUCCAAGUUUCGGUUUCCAAGUUCGAUCCCCAGGAGGCCGAGGCCGAGUAGAGAGCCGGAAUCAUUAUCGCUCUCCGAUAUCUAACCCUAUAAAUCUCAUCCGCCGCUCCCCGGUGAAUUCGCCCGAGUUCUCCCUCCUUUCUUUGUGUGCCGACCCUUCUGAUGAUCUUUUUCUGAGCGAGCUGGGGAGGACUUCGUAGUGGUUUUGAGGUCUUGGUUAUCAUCUCAGCAAUUUCCUAAUCAUUGUCGAAUGGCUACAUCUUUGGAUAUGUCACUGGAUGAUCUCAUUAAAAACCGAACUGGUAGUCAAAGGGGGAGAGGGCGAGGCCCAGGGCGGGGCCGUGGACGUGGUGGUAGCUUUCGUGGAAGGGGAAUGGGGAUGCUUCAUCAAGGCUCUCUCAGGGUUAACAGUCGGCCAUCUCCAUACAAGAUUGCCAAGUCCUUCAGCAGAACAAAGGAUAUGAUAUGGAGACAUGAUCUAUUUGAUGAUAGCAUGGUAGCUGCAGGCAUUUCAGGAAUUGAAACUGGUACAAAACUUUACAUCUCGAAUUUAGAUUAUGGGGUCUCCAAUGAAGAUAUAAGGGAGUUGUUCUCUGAAGUUGGUGACCUCAAGCGAUUUGCAGUUCAUUACGAUAGGACUGGUCGCCCAAGUGGUUCAGCAGAAGUGGUGUAUACAAGAAGAAGUGAUGCCAUGGCUGCUUUAAAGCGAUAUAACAAUGUGCAGCUGGAUGGGAAACCCAUGAAAAUAGAAGUUAUAGGCACUAAUCUAGGCUUGCCUAUCACUCCUCGUGUGAAUGUUCUUGGCGGUCCAAAUGGUAGAGGAAAAAGGACAGUUGUUAUGACUCCACAAUUUGUUCGAGGUGGUUCAAGUUCUUUUAAUCGUGCCUCUGGGACAAAUCGUGGAGGCUUUCAGCGAGGUCGUGGUCGUGGUCGUGGCCGUGGCAGUAGUGUUAGAGGCAUUGGUCGUGGCAGUGUUAGAGGCAUUGGUCGUGGCCGUGGCAGUGGGAGAAUGCAAAACGUUGAGAAGUCAGCAGAUGACCUGGAUAAGGAGUUGGAUACCUAUCAUGCCGAAGCAAUGAACACAUCUUAAUGCAAUCUGGUGCUUGUGCAGAGUGCUUGGAUUCCUGCUAAAGGGUGUGAUAAAAUCGUGAAAGUAUCACACUAUGGUAUUUGGGUUCCAGUCUUUUGGACUGGGCUUAUAAAGAACAGACUCCUACUACAUAUGCGCCGGAACCAGUAGUUCAGAUUAUUUUCUCUCUCUUGUUGUUGGCAUUUCAGAGUGCCCUAGUUGAUUGUAGCGAAACUAGUGUGGCUUGCUCCAUGGAUUUCUGAUCCAGUUAAGACUAGUUGACCUGUUUGCCUGUUUGUUGUUACCUCCUAGUAUUUCACUGUAUGUGGCUUUCCUUGGAUGCUUUAUUAAAGCCUCUUUCAUGUGGGAUUGAUCGUGGUGAA